AUGGGCAAUUGCUGGAAAGCUAGAAAAUCAGGAGAUUCCAAAAAAUAUGAAGAAGAAGACAUUCCAACUUUAAGACCUGACGGCAUCCAAUUACCUUGCGAUGAUUUUAUAACAGGUCUUCAAAAAGGAGUUGAAGACGAUAUUUGAAUACUCGGGCAAGAGUUUUUAAUUUCCAUAUAUAAAGAAUGAGCUAUAUUUCGGUCAUGGGAAACCCAAGAGCGUGUCAAAACUCUUUGCAGCAAAGACGGAAUCGUUGCAUGUGGAGGAAAAUCAAUUGAAAUUUUCAAUGAAAAUGGAAACUCAAUUGGAAAACUUUUAGGCCACGAGAGGCCCGUAAACGCUUUAGCUUUAUCAAAUAAUUUGGCGAUAUCAGGAUCUGGAGAUUGAAGUUUAAGGCUAUGAGAUUUGAACUCUCAGCAAGAAAUUGAUAAAAACAUCAUCAAUUGAAAUGUAAUUACAAGCGUAAAGUGGGUACCACAGGAGCCAUUAGUAAUCCAAACAAGUGAAGAUUUAAGGCUCAGAAUAUGGGAUCUAAGAGAGAGAAAAAUUUUGAGGUCAAGCGUGAUUUCUGUAGGCGAUAAUUUUGCAACUUGUUGCGAUGUUAAAGGGGAUUAUAUUGUAACUGGGCAUAGAGGGUUUGAUUCACAAGGGUGCGAAGCUAAAAUUUGGGAUAGAAGAAAAAAUGAAGAAUUAAAAACUUUGAAAGGCCACGAACAAGCAGUUGAAUCGGUGAAAUUUAUUGGUGAUACCAUUUUCUCAUGUGGCAAAGAUGGAAAAAUUAACCAAUUCAGACUUGAUGGGGAUUUAAUAGAUACUUGGACGAAUCCUCUUCCUAAGCCACUUGUGUCAAUGGAACUUUAUAAAUCAGGAAUUUUGAUUGCAAAUAUUGACCCAAAAGUGAUGUAUUUUACUAUAAAUCCAUUAUUCAAAGCUCUUUAA